CUACCUUCCUGUCUUGAAAGGGGACCAAAGGAGAGCAGCCUCCUCCAACAACCCUGGUCUCCACCAACCCCGCUCAUCUUGUGAAAUACUCCCUCACUAUAUUAUAAGAUCAAUCUAUAGGAUCGGAGUGCUUCAGAUCCGUCUCUUUUCCCUCUCGUUUUCAGAGUCUCAAAUCCUUGGAGUCUACAAGACAAGUACAGUCAUCUAGAUUAGAUGUUAUAGUAAGGGCAGGGGGCACAUCUGAGAAAAUGGAGGUUGAUAUCUCACUGAGUCCCAGAGUAAAUUCUGUAAAGCCUUCUAAAACAGUAGCUAUAACUGACCAAGCAACUGCUCUUGUACAAGCUGGAGUCCCUGUUAUACGAUUAGCAGCUGGAGAACCUGAUUUUGAUACUCCAGCUGUGAUAGCUGAGGCUGGGAUAAAUGCAAUUCGUGAAGGUUACACAAGGUACACUCCAAAUGCGGGUACUUUGGAAGUCCGUUCAGCAAUUUGUCAUAAGUUGAAGGAGGAAAAUGGGCUCUCAUAUACACCUGAUGAGAUUUUGGUUAGUAAUGGAGCCAAACAGUCUAUUCUUCAAGCAGUGCUUGCAGUUUGCUCCCCAGGAGAUGAGGUUAUAAUUCCAGCUCCAUUCUGGGUGAGUUACCCAGAAAUGGCAAGACUGGCAGAUGCAACACCUGUCAUUCUUCCAACACUUAUCUCUGAAAAUUUUCUCCUGGAUCCAAAGUUUCUUGAGUCCAAACUCACUGAAAAGUCAAGAUUGCUGAUUCUAUGUUCUCCAUCCAACCCAACCGGAUCAGUUUACUCCAGGAAACUGCUUGAAGAGAUUGCUCAGAUUGUAGCAAGGCACCCCAGGCUUCUGGUUUUGUCUGAUGAAAUAUAUGAACAUAUUAUUUAUGCACCAGCAACUCAUACAAGCUUUGCAGCUUUGCCAGGCAUGUGGGAGAGGACUUUGACAGUCAAUGGGUUUUCUAAGGCCUUCGCAAUGACUGGCUGGCGGCUUGGGUAUCUUGCUGGUCCUAAACACUUUGUUGCUGCAUGUGGAAAGAUUCAGAGUCAGUUCACUUCAGGUGCCAGUAGUAUAUCUCAGAAAGCAGCAGUUGCUGCAUUGGGAAUGGGCUAUGCUGGUGGGGAAGCUGUUUCCACAAUGGUAAAAGCAUUCAGGGAACGGCGAGAUUUCUUGGUUAAAAGCUUUGGAGAACUGGAGGGUGUCAAGAUAUCAGAGCCCCAGGGAGCUUUUUACCUCUUUCUUGACUUCAGCUCUUACUAUGGGGGAGAGGCUGAAGGUUUUGGUAUAAUUGAGAAUUCAGAGUCCCUCUGCCGAUAUCUGCUGGACCAGGCCCAGGUUGCCCUUGUCCCAGGGGAUGCAUUUGGAGACGACAAGUGCAUUCGCAUCUCCUAUGCUGCAUCCCUCUCCACCCUACAUGCAGCCGUGGAGAGAAUUAAGAAAGCAGUUGUUCCUCUUUGGCCUCCUGUCCCUGUCUAAUUUUAGGUAGCAACUGUUUCAAACCUUUGUGGCUGUUGCUCUUCUUUUGGGAUCCAAAAUGUGUUUUCUGUACUAUUUAUUUAAAUAAAAAUUCAAGCUUCCCUCAGUUCUAUCCAUUUGUUUUCGAUCAGGAUUGCUUUGUGCUGAAAUCAUAGUGAGGCUGCAAUUCCUGAAUGUUUCUGCAAAUUUUAUUAUUAAGCCUGAUCAAAUUCUCUACA